AUGGGAGAGAAGGAGGAGCUGCAGGCCCUCAGUGAGGCCCUUCAGGCCCUGAGGGAAGACGAGAGCCCCUCCUUCAUGAGCCAGGUUAUCCAGAAGCCCCACAAAUGCUUGGAAUGUGGGAAGGGUUUCAGCUGGAGCUGGCAUCUGAUCCGGCACCAGAUGAUCCACACUGGGGAGAGGCCCUAUGAUUGUGGGAAAUGUGGGAAGAGCUUUACAACUAUUUCUUAUCUGCUGCAGCACCAGGUCGUCCACACUGGGGAACGGCCCUACACCUGCUUGGAAUGUAGGGAGACCUUUAGGUGGAUGUCUGGCCUGAAUAGACACCAGCGCAUCCACAAUGGGGAGAAGCCCUAUGAGUGUCCUGUGUGUGAUAAGAGGUUUCACACCAGCUUCGAAUGCCUCCUACAUGAGCGGAUUCACAGAGAGGAGAGGCCCUUCCGCUGCCCCGACUGCGGGAAGGGAUUCAAGCACAACUGCACUCUCAGCAGACACCGGCGUAUCCACACUGGGGAGAGGCCCUACGAGUGUCCUGAGUGUGGGAAGAGCUUCUCUAGGAGCUGUCACUUGACCCGACACCAACGGACUCAUGGAGGGGAGAAGCCCCACAAGUGCUUGGAAUGUGGGAAGGGUUUCCGCUGGAGCUGCCAUCUGAUCCAGCACCAGAGGAUCCACACUGGGGAGAAGCCCUAUGAGUGUGGGAAAUGUGGGCAGAGCUUCAGGAACAUCUCCCACCUGCUGCAGCACCAGGUGGUCCACACAGGGGAACGGCCCUACACCUGCUUGGAAUGUGGGAAAAGCUUUGGGGUCAGCUCCAAUCUGAGAAAACACCAGCGGAUCCACACCGGGGAGAGGCCCUACCACUGUCCUGUGUGUGAUAAGAGGUUUCACACCAGCUCCGAAUGCCUCAGACAUGAGCGGAUUCACAGAGAGGAGAGGCCCUUCCGCUGCCCCGACUGCGGGAAGGGAUUCAAGCACAACUCCACCCUCAGUGCCCACCGGCGCAUCCACACUGGGGAGAGGCCCUACGAGUGUCCUGAGUGUGGGAAGAGCUUCAUUUGUGGGUGCCAUCUGAUCCAGCACCAGAGGAUCCACACUGGGGAGAAGCCCUAUGAGUGUGGGAAAUGUGGGCAGAGCUUCAGGAACAUCUCCCACCUGAUGCAGCACCAGGUGAUCCACACUUGGGAACAGCCCUACACCUGCUUGGAAUGUGGGAAAAGCUUUGGGGUCAGCUCCAAUCUGAGAAAACACCAGCACAUCCACACUGGGGAGAGGCCCUGUGAGUGUCCUGAGUAUGGGAAGAGGUUUCAGACCAGCUCCCAUCUCCUCCUACAUGAGCGGAUUCACACAGAGGAGAGGCCCUUCCACUGCGCCAACUGUGGGAAGGGAUUCAAGCACAACUCCACCCUCAGUGCCCACCGGCACAUCCACACUGGGGAGAGGCCCUACGAGUGUCCUGAGUGUGGGAAGAGCUUCUCACACAGCUCAACCUUGACCCGACACCAACGAAGCCACCACUAAGGGAAGCCCUGUGAGUGCCCCAAGUGUGGGAAGAGCUUUGUGCUCUGCUCCAGCUCCAUCCCCCAUGGGAGGAUCAGUGUUGGAUGAUCCCCAGUGACCCCGUUGGGCAGAGCCCUGAUGAUCCUUGGUCCUGGUGAUCUGUGUUGGGAAGACACCUGGUGGGAGGAGCUCU